UUAGAAAACAUCGUGAUUCUCGGUAAAUAGGAUUUCCAUAUCGUAUUUGUUGAUUUGAAAAAUAAUAAUCAAUAAUCGCGAGAUCUCAAUAGGGUUGGUCUAAGGAAACGAUGUUCCAGAAGCUUAUUUGCGGAUAAUUAUGAACAUAAAGUAUGGGGUCAUUUGAGUCACUGAAGAAUUUUAAAUGAUUAAGGGCUAAACCAGGGAAGUAUCUUCAGUCCUCAGCUUUUUACUGCAGCCUUGAAAAAUAAUAUCUCACGUCUUAGAAUCCAAAAAUGAUGCUUGAAAAACUCAUUGCUACCAUUAAUCGUUAAAGCAUUCAUUACUUUGUAACGCUUCGGUAACACUUUACUUCCCAUUACCCGCUCAUUCGAAGUAUUAUUUAUACAAAACAGCAAAUUUAAGACUAUCAAGUAGUCAACAACCAUAUAUUCUAGCAGGUAUAAGAAAAAAAUAUUGGAACUUGUGCUAAUUUUAAAUUAAAAUCUUUUUGGAAUGUUAAAGUAACACGCGAUAUGAUGGUACAUGAAGACAAUAUGUCUCCUGAUGUCUUAUGUAAAAAAAUAUUAUUUCUUAUCUACACCAAUAAUUGUAUCACAACGUGCAAUUAUUUGAAGGCAAAUUUAUCGAACUAUAUAAAUGGUAAACUGAUGUUGAUAGUUUUUUUUAUAUUUAAACAAAAUAUUUUUCCCUCUAUAAGAUGUUGAACCAAAACUACUUGCUUAGUGUUACUUUGGUGUUAGCUUUUGCCUUGACUUGACCAGCUAUGUCUAAUAUAAUAACAUGGGCAAUGUGUGCAACUACGAUUGGGAUUUGGUGUCCCGAAAAUGAUCCUAUUGUUCAGCUCCCAAACGGCAAGAUUCGCGGUGUCAAUCAUGGUAAUUAUUUGUCCUUUGAAUCGAUUCCCUAUGCUGAACCACCGAUUGGAAAAAAUCGUUUUGAAGCACCUAAACCUUAUUCGGGUAAAUGGUUAGGAAUCAGAGAUGCUACUAAGCCGUCAGUUACAUGUAUACAAUGGGAUGAGUUUUAUGACAAAAAAGAUUUAACACACGGAGUUGAAGAUUGCCUUCUUAUAAACGUUUACACUCCUAGUCUUUCAAGUGAAAAACCUUAUAAUGUGUUGAUAAAUAUUCAUGGAGGAGCUUUUAUGUACGGUAAUGCUAUAGAGGACAAAAUAGAUUUGCUUAUGAAAAAUCGACAAUUAGUUAUAGUAAAAAUGAACUAUCGACUGGGAGUUAUGGGUUUUCUUAGCACUGCAGAUGAAGUAAUUACUGGAAAUUUCGGCUUAAAAGAUCAACGGCUUGCCUUGGAAUGGACAAAAGCUAAUAUUGCAGCUUUUAAUGGAAAUCCUGAAAAGAUGACAGUUAUAGGAGAAUCUGCUGGAUCAACUGCCGUUCAUUUUCAAAUGUUGAACAAAAGGUUUGAGAACUUAGCAACAUCGGCAAUAUCUUUUAGUGGCACAGCCUUAUCAGAUUGGGGUAUUGAUGGGCACGCAGCUGAGAAGGCUGUUGCUGUUGCGAAAUAUCUAAACUGUCCUACUGACAGUUCCAGCUCUAUAAAGAAGUGUUUGCAAAGUAAAGACGCAGCAGACAUAGUUCGUACAUCAAAAGAGUUUCAGAAGAAUAAUAUAGUGCCAUAUAGUCCUUCAAUACUUUUUUCACCUGUGGUUGAGCCAAAAACUGCACAAAAUGCUUUCAUCACUGAAAAACCAGAAACGAUUAUAAGAAAUGGAAAAUCAGCUGAGAUUCCUUGGUUAGCAUCAGUAAUGAGGGACGAAGGAGCAAUUCCUUGUGCAGAAUAUAUGAAAAAGGAUUCGAAUGGUGUGGAAAUCAUUGAGCAGUUAAAUGAACGUUGGACUGAAUUGGCACCUAUUAAUUUUUGCUUAAAUAAUGUUGUUGAGGAUAGCGAAUUACCAGCAUACACAAACAAACUUAAGCAACAAUAUAUGGGAGACAAGAGAUUUAAUGCUGAAAACUAUUUCCUAUUUCAAAAGUUUUGUACCGAUGUUAUUAUUGAGAAUGGAGUUAAAAAGGCUUGGGCUUUGCACAAGAAAUACACAAAAUCUCCAGUUUAUGGUUAUAUGUAUGACAAUCCACCGCCUUCUGGCAUUGGUAAUUUGCUCGCUAACCGAAGUGAUAUAAAUUUUGGAACCGCACAUGAUAGUGAUACUAGUUUGAUUUUUAACUCCGAAUCUGGUAUAGCAGCUUUUCCUGAAAAUCAACAAAAAAUGUCAUCACAUUUUGUUGAAAUGAUUGAAAAUUUCUGUCUCACUGGGACUCUACAGUUUGGAAGUUGUAAAUUUGUGGAAAAUUCUUCAAAGACUAAAGGUUUUCUAGCAAUGCAUAUAACAAACGAUUCAUGUCAAUCGGUAAAUGCGGAUCAAUUACCGUAAAUUUUACUGAGAAUUUCUUUUACCUUUGAAAUAAA